UUUCGCCCCGGCCAGUCGAUCGAGCUCCUAUUCGGGUAAUAUCGCGCGAUGAGAUCGUCGAUCCGAUUCGCGAGUAACGGCACCCGGUCGCGAUGUGAUUGUGCGUGCGUCCGGUUCUCCUCUCCGUGAACCGUGCAAGAAGCCUCUGAAGAAAAUCCGUGCCAUUUAUCGGUUGGGUGACACUUGGCUGAUCGCAACCACCUGUGCCAAGACGAUCUCGGGAUUAUUUUCUUAGAAAUCGUGCUGCCUCCGAAUCGAGCUCCGUCAUCCAAAGAUGAUUCUCGCCGGAAAGAGAGAUUCUCUUAGUGUCGACGUCAGUCGUGUGAACGACGGAGAAAAUUGGACGAAUACCUAAUAUGGAGGAGGAGGAGGAGGAGGAGGAGGAGGAGGAGGAGGAGUAAACCUCAAGAGAGAGAAUUGGAUAAUUCGUCGCGACGGAGGGACUUGGCGUCGGAGGAUCAGUGAGAUGCUGCCGGGUACACUGUGAAAACAUGUUGGUGGACGAUUGCGGGAGCACGAUGGGAUGGACUACGGGCAGCGUGCGCGGGGGCUGGUCCACCCCGGGCGGCUGCAGAAACUCCGCGAUGAGCUUCGGUGGCAGCGUGCCCUCCCUCCAUCCCGCCGGCUCGGUCAGAUCGCUACGGUCCCAGCACUCGAUGCAGGCGUUUCUUUUGUUCAGGGAGUGCCGGAGACACCGCGAAGGUGCAUGCACUGCCAUCCGGUACACAUACCGAGCACACCGAGCAAUUACGUGCAUCAUCCCAUGCAGUAUUACACGCCGAGCCACUACCCCGAGCCCAGGAACGGCGUGUACACCCCUCAUCGAGGCAGUUCUUAUCACGGUGAUACUCGAAUGCGUUACAUGGACUCGGAAGGCAGCAUCCACGAUGGUCUGAUCGGAAACAACAAUUGCAUGCUUGGAGAGGCGAGGAGUCUUCAUCGUUGCGUACCCGUUUUUCGUCGACCUGUCAUAGACGUCCCCGGCAUGCGAACACAUUUCUAUCCGGAGGGUGGCUGGGGGUGGCUCGUCUGCGCAGCUGGUUUCCUCGCCCUGUUGCUCACCACCGGAAUGCAGCUCGCUUUUGGAUUUCUUCACGUACAGGCCAUGCGACGAUUCGGCAAGGAACGCCUCAUGGACCUGGCGUGGGUGGGCGCGUUGAGCACAGCAGUGUCCCGUGGUUCAGCACCGUUUGUUGUGGGCGCGUGUCGCCGUGGAAGCACAAGGCUCACCGCGGUGAUCGGCGGUCUAGUCCUGGCAUUGGCCUCGCUCUUCACCUCGUUCGCUGCGGAGUUGCACCAGGUGCUCCUCAGCUACGGGUUGGUGCUGGGUACCGGUGCCGGCCUCGUGAGAGAAACUGCCGGCCUGAUGCUUGGCCAUUACUUCAAGAAACGGCGAGAGUUCGUCGAGAUGGUCAUGCAAGCCGGUGUGGGAGUCGGGAUAGUACUCUUCAGCGUCUUCUACAGGGAAGCUCUCGUGAACUUAGGCUGGGAGCGUGGGAUGCAAUCGGUAACCGGAGCCCUCUCGUUGGCCUUCUUCCUGGGAUUGUUUUACAGAAGCGCAUCCUUCUAUCAUCCUCAACGGCGUGCUAUGUUACACGCGAAGAAUCAACUUCGUACCGGCGGCAAGCUGAAAGAGAAGAAGACCCCGAGUAAGCCGUCCAGGCAGCCUUGGUUGGAUCUCAGUCCUCUAGGAAGCCGACCCGUCAGGAUGCUGAUGCUGGCAGCCGGUGCUGCUGGCUUUGGCCUCUACACCCCAGCUUUUUACAUCGCUGUGCAGGGCCACAAAGACGGUUUGGAGGCCAGUGCCGUGGUGCUUUUGCAAACUUGCUUGGGCUUGGCAGCGGCUCUCGGCUGCGCAGCUUGGGGGGUCGUUACGGUCAGACCCUCUGCCCAGUGCCUCGUGUCCAGGCAAUAUCUCUGCCAGGCGGCGCUCCUCGGAGUUGCUAUCGCGCAAAUAGCAUUGGGCAGCGUACAAGGCUAUCACGGCCUGAUCCUAGCUUCCGGUUUAUACGGUGCAUCCCUUGGCGGCGCCCUUUACUCCUUAAAGAUGCUGGCCCUGGAAAGGCUGAGAGCGAAACUGUUCGCACGAUCCUGGGCGCUGGUACAAGCCGCGGAGGCGUUACCUAUUCUACUUGGAGUUCCUCUUACUGGUUACAUGAACGAGAACAGCUCGAGGGUCGGUUACUACGCGUGCACGUUAAGUUCCUUGUGCGGUGCGGCACUACUCUUCCUGGUAGGCUGGGGUCGUCAGCCGGCCUCGCCUCUCCUCCACGGCUCGCACCUUCCAAACGUGCCGAUGUCACCUCCGUGUGCCUGUCCGCCUCCACCAAGGCCGAGGCUACCUAAGUCCCAGUCGUUGCAUGUGCCUCUCGACAUCGACAUGAACCAUCAUCGCGAGCGCGAAGCGGAAAGGAUCCAUGCUGAACAUUAUUGCCAGCCGCAGUUUUACGGGGCACCAUUAAGACCCAGCAAGAGCGUGCCCGAGGGACUGAGUCACCAGGAUUCGUACAGGAGCAGACCGAGGCGGCAUCGAGACGUUACCGUGAUCGAGCAGAUUACCACAAGCGUGUAACGAAUGACAGAAAAUAAGUAAUGAAUGGUUGGAGAUAAUAAUGGAAUAAGACUUGGAAUAGUCGGUUAAUGUAAAGAGAGGAGCGGAGUUGUUUGCACAGCGAUUCGUUCAACCCAGAGCUUCCCAUUCCAUUGAAAAUCCAACGGUUGGAAAAUAAACCCGAGUGGCUCUUUAAUAUUCGCUAUUAAAAAUCUAUAAACGAGCGCCUGAUUGAUUACCUGGAUGGACGUGAAAUAUGAAAUCAAAAGCACAAGCGAAAUCAAAUGAGUUACGUAGUAUUGUUCAGAAAAUGAAUCUUGAAAUGUUGAUACGCCGCGAGGAGGCUUUAUGUUCCUCACCCGUUGAUGGCGGCAAUGAUAUUAGGACGUAUAUGAAUGGAAUUUAUAUACGUAUUCAUAGUCUAUCCGAUCUAUAAUUGAACCAUCAAAGUGAGUUAAGAAAUAUUCGUGUUAAUAGAUUCUUAGUUACGGUGUUACUGUGAGAAAAGUACCCAUAUAUUUGUACCACGUUUUAUGGUAUUUAAACAUGUUUUCUAUGUACAUAAAUUGUUUUCUAUUACUGAUUUGUUGUGUUGGUGUUGUUGUUUGAAGAAAUAUUUCUAUAGUUUAUUCUUCAUUUCUAUUCCUUACCAUUUUCAAAUAAUAGAAGAGUGUUUUCGAAUGAUGCAUAGUUUAUCUGUACUAUUGGAUUCGAACUAGAUGGGUACUUUUCUCCCGUGUGUGUUCACAAGAGUACACUUAGACAUUUAAAAAGCGAAACAGUUCGAACAGCAGGGAAAGAGGAUUUCCAGAGAGAAGUGAUUUCUAUACAUAAUAGAUGAUGGAGCUGGACUCCAGGAUCGUUGCACGAAUCGUUAGAGACUUUGCUUACGAUUUUAAUAUACAUUACGUAGAAACAUGGAAAGUAAGUACAAUUUAGGAAAAAUUAAAUGUACGCGUAACAAUAUUAAUUAUUAACGAUUUGACGAAUCAAAAGUACGGCAUCGUGAGUCUGUACCUUCUGUAACUUGUGCGUAAUACACCCGAGAGCUCAAUUAUUGCCUCUAUUAGAGACGACCGUCGCUCCCUUUCUUAGGGAACACGAGAAUAGAUUUAAAAAAAAAUGCUUGAAAAAUUGUACAGCUCGCAACAAUUCUCUACUACACGUAAUAGUUGACCGAAACUUUUUCUAGCGGAAUUCUGAUAGAAAUCGCAGCUGAAGUUCUUAUUCGAAAAUCCACGAUUCGAGUCACAUUAAGUCAAUAUUAAAUCUUCGGCUGGUGCUCUUCAUUGCAAAUAUUCGAUUCGUUUUUACGUAAUUAAAAUAAAGCAUUGUAUCUAUUUGUAAAUGAUUUAAAAUUUUUACCGAUAUUUUUACGAAGAAUAUUGAACUUUGUCUAGUAAUCAUAUCACAACGCCAGUCAAAGAUUCGAACACUCAAUUCCUACUAGUUUUUAAUAAAGAGAGAAGAAAGUCAUCUUGAAGACUUCGAUAGAGCAAUUACAAGUCACCGAACGAUAAAAUGAUUAGUACCUGAAUAUUAAGUAUUUUAGGUUUACGCGAGUAUCAUGCAACCAUCUUUUGUUUAAACCGCUAGGCAACAUGGAUAGUUGUGAGAAAAUACUCAAAAGUUUAUCGUGCUCCCGCUUUUUAAUGUUGCUCCACACGACUGAAUCAUUGUCGGAAAACUCUCGAUAGUCGAUUGGACGUUGCUCUACGUGUAAUAAGGCAAAUAUUUUGGGCAUUCAAGAGAGUGUAACGAUUACACAGAAUAUCAAAAAGAUAUCAUUGUUAAAACCCUUUCGUUGGAAGUUUAUUAUAAUUCUAAAAGACUUGAUGUUGUGCUGUUUGCGUUUCCGGAAUUCUUAGGAUGAAAUCGAGUUUGAAAGAUUAUGAAACGUCGAUUAUCAUACAAGAGACGACCGAUGGAUGAAGGAAAGCUUCUUGAAAAAUAUAGUCGACGUGAUACCCUUAUUAAAAUGAUAAGCAGGUAAUUAAUAAGUAUCAACGAUAUAAGAAAUCAACAAUUUUAGAAGGUAUUAACAUAGUUUUUAAUGUACGAAGUUUCGCCUAGUUGAACCAGCGUUAUACGAAAUUUUACAAAGGAUCAAUGUAUCAUUCGUUUCGACGAUCCCUAUUCGUUAUAUUCUCUCUGUGGUGGAUUGUUUGUAUACUGCCAAUUUUUAUAGAAUGUUAAUCGCAUAAUAAUUCUUCAAUUCACUUGUAUCUUCGUGAACGAUCAAUCGUAAGUGUAUAAUAUCCAAGUGUGGUGAUCAAUUACACGAACCAAGGAAACUCACACUAGUAGGAUUAAUCUUCGACGCUACCACGACCGUAAACGUAUGAAACAUAAGUUGCUAGGAAACGAAAUUCAAAAACACUUUAUAACAACGUUCAAUACACUGUUUUGUACGAUGGUUCCUCUCUAAUUAACUUGCAAUGAUUUUUCUACGUAGCUUUCUACUCGACAGUCUCUUUUCGAAACUUUAUCAUUCUCCCAAUUUCAAAUCCAUAUUAUUAGUCGAUGAACAAUCUCGUACACGCGAUGCGAAAUAUAAAUCGAGUUUUAUACCUCGUAUUUACGAAUACUCCAAGAACUUAGAUCAGGUUUCUUCGAUUUUCUAUUCGUCUAACCGUUUCCGUUCGUAACUAUCGUAUAAUGAAUAAUCUACGCUUAGAAAGCGAAGCUGCAACACGAACUUGGAUAGAAAAGUAACGUUGAAUUGAAUCGAGGAGUUGAAAUGAUAAGAGGAAUCAUUACAGGCGACACAUGAAUGUACUAUAUGUAUAAUUAAAAAAAAAAUUUUUCCUCAAGCGAACGAUUUCUUGUCUUAUACGAAAUAAUCGUUUUAUAACAGUGAUUAUAAUAUAAUAUCGUAUUACUGUGAAAAAAAGGACCUGUAUAUGUCGCGGACAUUUUUCAAGAAAAAAAUCUGUAUUUUAUGUACUUGUAUCUUUUAUCGGUUCAACUCCUAAGUAAAGAAAGAUUAUAUCGGUGAGGACUAUAGAUUCUGGGACGAAAGUUUCACAACGGAGGAGCUGCUAAACUUUAGCAGAAGUACUUGCACAAUCAUGAUAGACUUCGAGGUGGGAAGGAAGUCGACGUCGGCGAAACUUCCCUGUGGCUCUCUUUAUAGAUCUCUAUGUAUUUCAAGAAAUUCUCUGGUAACAUAUUGUACACACGUAAAUUACACGCAUACAGACAUUCACACACGUACACGUAAGUAAAAUGUAAUAACUUGAUUCUUGUGAAAGCUUGUUAUAAUAACACAGACAUUUACGAAGAUCGUAAUUUUCUUUACUUUUGAAAUGGAGAAGGGAAAAGGAAGAAUGAGGAAUGGAAAGAAACGUGCGAAGUCUCCCGUUACGAAGCGUUGAGCAUUUUGUAAAAGUUUUAUAAAUAGUUCUAUGUAGUUGAACAGCUGGACCAAUAAAAUGUAUAUCCGAUUGUACGAAUUAA